GACGAGCAGCAGGGAAUGUGCGGAAUCUCCCUUUUCCACCUCAGUUUAAAGAUGUAGUUGCUGUAAUGCGUGCACGGGGCUCAGGACCAUUGCUUUCCUCGUAGGAUCUCUGUUCAGUCGGAGCGAGUGCUUGCAAGCAGCCGGAUAUCUUUCCAACCGCGGACUGUACGCGCUCCCGGUGCCGAGAAGCUUUUCAUGCCGAAAUGACUGAAAUGUCUCAAAGUCAGUGUGCUGCCUUGGUUGGUGAAGACCAGCCCCUCUGCCCAGACCUCCCCGAACUUGACCUCUCAGAGCUGGAUGUCAGUGACUUAGAUGCAGACAGCUUCCUGGGUGGCCUCAAAUGGUACAGUGACCAAUCAGAGAUCAUUUCCACUCAGUAUGGGAAUGAAGCAUCCAAUCUCUUUGAGAAGAUAGAUGAAGAAAAUGAGGCCAACUUGCUGGCAGUGCUUACAGAGACCCUGGACAGCAUCCCAGUGGAUGAGGACGGAUUGCCUUCGUUUGAGGCCCUGGCAGAUGGGGACGUGACCAAUGCCAGUGACCAGAGCUGUCCCUCCUCUCCUGACGGCUCACCACGCACCCCAGAGCCUGAGGAGCCUUCCUUGCUGAAGAAGCUCCUUCUGGCACCUGCAAACUCCCAGCUCAGCUAUAAUCAAUACACAGGUGGCAAGGCACAGAACCAUGCAGCCAGCAGCAACCACCGGAUCAGACCACCACCUGCCGUCGUCAAGACGGAGAGCCCCUGGAAUGGCAAAGCAAGAGGGGGCUCCAGCCAACAGAACCGCCCGGUGAGGCGGCCUUGCACUGAGCUGCUGAAAUACCUAACAGCCACCGAUGACAUCCUGCUCCACACCAAAGCCAGUGAAGCCAAGAGCGCCUGGGGGGGUGCCAGUAGCAGGGACAAGAGUGGCCUCGGUCUCGGCGCCUCCUCCUCCUCCUCUUCACCGUCCUCGUCAUCCACCUCCUCGUUCUCCUCCCUCUCCUCCAACUCCUCUUCCUCUUCCUCAACCACCUCCAAGAAGAAGUCAGCUGUGCCAUCUCAACAACAACAACAACAACAACAACAACAACAGCAGCAGCAGCAGCCGCCGCAGCAGCAUCACCAGCGAGGUGAGAGCCGGGCUGCUGGCGAGUGUAGUAUGGCUGGUGUUGGGGCUGGGAAGUGGCAGCGUUGCACUCACGAUGACGGGGUUGAGGAGUCGGAGGGUGCUUCUAUCCCUGUUGGCCACAGAACCUCCACCUGCGGUCAUGCCCGCCCCAAACUGGAGCACGGGCCGCCCAGUGAAGAAGGAAGGCCGCCAGGCGAUGUGGGCCGCCUGGCCGCCGCUAGGUUUAUUAGGUAUAUGCAUUCUUAUUCCCUCCCUCCCCGAGAGGUGAGUCACAGCUGUGAGCAUUGCCGAGAGGCUGCGGGCGCCACUCAGGCUAGUGAGGGCUUUGGCAGGCAAGGCCGUAGUAACAGUAGUGGUGCCAGCCGAGCGCCGCAUAGGCACAUCACAGUGACUAUAAAGAAAAGAGAUGAGAAGCCGGGGCACCCUUUACUCAGCCAGCUGCUCACCUCCAAGCAGAGGCCCGCUCAAUACCGGGCCCAGAUACUCCCACCAAAGAUUACCCCUUCACGUAGUACUAAGAGCAGAUCCUCAGGUAAGAGGUCUGAGAGCCCAGCCCAGGCUGUUUCUCAGGUGAAAGAGGAGGAGCUCAGAGGGACCACUGAACACACAAACCAGGGAGUAAGUCCGGCUGAAGAGCCCGACUCAGAGCCCCUGUUGUCACCUCUCGCCUUAGACCUAGAGAGCUGGGUUAGCCAGCUAGACUCAGAGCUAGACAUGGGCUUUGGACUAGAGCUGGGGUGGCCAAACCAGGGGGGCUAUGGGGAGGAUGUUGACCAUGAUGAUGAUGAUGGUGUUGUUGACGAUGAUGAUGACCGUGUCAUGGGCAGCCCCGCAGCGGUGCUCUCACAGGGCCCUCCAAGCCCACUCAUCCCAGACACUAGCAAUGCAGAGCCCACCCCUCCCUGCAUCAUACAAGGGCAAGGGCACCCACACAGGCAGGCACUCAGCGAGCACCCCGAUGACCAGGGCCUCCCGUUGUUAGCCAAACCAACCACCUUGCCACUUCCUUUGACCCCAGAGUCUCCAAAUGACCACAAGGGAUCACCGUUUGAGAACAAAACCAUUGAACGGACAUUAAGUGUGGAGAUUGCUGGAACCCCAGGUCUGACACCACCUACCACGCCCCCACACAAAGCCAGUCAAGAGAAUCCUUUCAAAGCAUCUCUCAAAACCAAGUUGUCUUCAUGUUCCUCCUCGGCCUUGACAUGCAAAAGAGCCAGGCUGAGUGAGUUGGGCCCCGGCGCUCUGGCCCCGGCCCCAGGUGCCUCAGGCGGGGGCCCCACCAGGAAGGGUCCCGAACAGACUGAGCUUUAUGCCCAGCUGAGCAAAGCGUCCACCACCCUCCCUUACUCCGUCACUCAACACGCAGUGGGGGGCGGCCUUGAGGAGCAUCGCAGCACUGGCAACAAUAAGCGGGCCACGCCCCGCGGCUACAGUGACCAUGACUAUUGCCAGGCAUCCGCUAGCACUAAGAAGGAUGGGGGCACAGCCACUGUUACCAUGACUACAGCUGUGGAAAUGACAUUCACCUCAGGUGCCACUGCUGCUCCCAUGCCUACUGCAGGCAAAGUGGAGAUCAGGCAUGUCGAAUGUAAGGACUCAGCCAUGCCACCAUCCUCUUCAUCGUCUUCUUGUUCUCCAUCAUCAGCUUCACCCGGUCCUCUUGCUAAGCAGCAGAAUCUUGUCUCUGUGGACGGAGAAGCGAGCCGGGACAAGGGGUUAGGGGAGCAGACCCUAACACGAACCACUCAGAUCCCUUCACAAGAGGCGACUACCGACAGGGACCAACAACAUCCUUCUGCCACCAGCCGGAAGCUCCUGUGCGACCAGGAUAUCAGAGCAGAACUCAACAAGCACUUUGGCCACCCCUUACACGCCCUCUAUAGCCAGGGUGGCCAGGAGAGAGAACCGAGCAGCAAAACGAACAAGGUUUCAGCUCCUCAGUCCCUCCAAGGGGGAGAGGAUGACUACUACUCCCAGAGGCUGCCCGGCUCCAGCUACCUGCACCAGGGGUUUCUGCCCUUCCACGACGAGCUGGAGCUGGGCGAGGGCCGCGAGAGUCGCUUCCUCUUUCCGUGGGAGGGCACCCCUCUGGACCUACUCUUUGACUGCGCCCCCUGCUCUCCCUCCUGUUCCCCACCAUCCAGCUGCUCCCCUUCACGAGGCUCCGUCUCCCCUCCGUCCUCCCUCCUCCUGUCACCCAGCAGGCCGUUCUGCUGGACCAGCGGCGGGUCCCGCUCCCGUUCUCGUUCCCACUCCGGCUCCCGCAGCUCCUCCUCGCGAUACCGCAGGCGCUCUCUCUCCAGCUCACCUGACAGACGCCCCUCCUCCUGGUCUCGUCACAACACCGAUUUAAACGCUUUUCGUUCCAGGACUCACAAGAGCCCCCACCCUCAGUCUCGAUCUCCUCUCAGCCGCAGGCCAAGGUACGACAGCUAUGAGGAGUACCAGCACGAGAGGCUGAAGAGGGAGGAGUACCGACGGGACUACGAGAAGCGGGAGUUCGAACGGGCCGAGCAGAGAGAGAGGCAAAAGCAAAAAGCAAUAGAGGAGAGACGGGUGGUGUACGUGGGGCGACUGAGGUCCGACUGCACCCGGACAGAGUUGAAGCGCCGCUUUGAAGUCUUUGGCGAAAUAGAAGAAUGUGCAGUGAACUUGAGGGACGACGGGGACAAUUUUGGCUUCAUCACGUACCGCUACACUUGUGACGCCUUCGCCGCCCUUGAGAACGGACACACCUUACGCAGGUCAAACGAGCCUCAGUUCGAGCUGUGCUUUGGCGGACAAAAGCAGUUCUGCAAAUCACAUUACACAGACUUGGACUCCCAUUCGGACGACUUUGAUCCAGCCUCCACAAAAAGCAAGUAUGACUCCAUGGAUUUUGACAGCUUGCUGAGGGAGGCCCAGCGCAGCCUGAGAAGGUAACCAGUUCAGUGGCACCUGCUGUCUGUCACAAAGAGGGACUUCUGAUACCUCACUGUUGUUUCUCGCUUCUUUUGACGACGAGACUACCAGAAGUUUUACACUCUGUCAUAGAGUAUAUAAGAAUAAGUCUAUAGACCUAUAUCAAUAUAAAUGAAUAUAUCAAAAAUAAAGUUUACAUGAACAUAGCUGCUGAAGAGCUGGGAAGAGACAUUGCAUUCUGGGAAAGCCAGUGAACCCUCAGAAUCUGGUGCACGUGUUGGGUGCACUCUACUGCUGUACAACAUCAGUGAAAGAAGAAGAAGAAGAAGAAGAAGAAAAACUCGUGAUUUUUUUUUUCUGUUGUUGUUUUUCUCCAAGCACUACAAUACCCACAAUUCUUUGGGGGUGAAAACAUGCAGCUUGUUCAGCCAGAUUUGUUGUUUUUUUCUUUUCUUUUGCUGUUGAUUUUCUUUCUUCUUUCUUUGGAAUCUGGUGUUUGGAUCUGGUGUUACAUUACAAAUAUAGGGAGUUGUAUCUCGGAGGUAAAAAUUCUCAAGGUGACAUUGUUGUCUACAUUUUAAGGAGAAAUGUAGCUGUGUAUUUACAAAUACUAUAAAAAGGAAUAUUUUUAUUUUAUGUACAUAUCGAAGUUCUUUAUUUGUUACAGCUAUGCACUGUAAAACGCAGCCUUUUUUAAAAAUGAGGAGAAAAAUUUCUUAAUUCAGAAUGUCGAUCUGUAGUAAUUACAAUACUGUAAACAUAUUGUACACCUACAUGAUGUUUAGAAGACAUGCUAUGAUUGUAAAAAGAAAAAGAGAAAAAAAAAAAAAAAAAA